AUGAAUGGCUUCACAAACAGUCAUGUUCUAUUGAAGAAUUCUCCAUCUGGGUUUUUCCAAUUGCAGGUAGCGACCAUAGACUCCAAAAAAAGGGUAAAGAAGAUAAACAGGUGUACAAAUGCUAUGAAGAUAACCAUGGAAAAUGGUAACACAUUCUUUGCAGAAACAACCAUAGUUUCUAUCCCUUUAGGAGGUUUGAAAUCAAACACCAUUACUUUUGAACCAAGACUACCUAAAUGGAAGGAGGAAGCCAUAGCUAACCUUGGAUUUGGAAUUGCGAACAAGAUAAUUUUACAUUUUGAGAAAGUAUUUUGGACAAAUGUCGAGUUUCUAGGAGUAGUUGCAGAUACUUCAUAUGGAUGUAGCUACUUUCUUAAUCUUGACAAAGCUACAUGCCAUCAUGUUCUUGUUUACAUGCCCGUAGGAAAACUAGCAAGAGAUAUUAAGAAAAUGUCAGAUGAGGCUUGUUUUGCUUUUACAUAG